AUAAUUGAAGCGCGACACUGUAAUUAAAUAAUUUUGUAUACAUAUACAAAUAGGGUUGUGCGAGCAGCCCCUAAUUGAAGCUGGCGCUAGGGUUUCAUUUUGUUAUCCUCUCCAUCCCUCACUCCUCACUCUGCUUCUUCACAUUUUCACAAAGAUGAAUGUCGAAAAAUUAAUGAAGAUGGCCGGUUCGGUCAGAACUGGUGGGAAAGGUACAAUGAGAAGAAAGAAGAAGUCUGUACACAAGACGACCACCACAGAUGACAAGAGACUUCAAAGUACGUUAAAGAGAAUUGGAGUGAAUGCCAUACCUGCAAUCGAGGAAGUUAAUAUUUUCAAGGAAGAUGUGGUUAUACAGUUUGUCAAUCCAAAGGUUCAAGCAUCUGUUGCAGCCAACACCUGGGUUGUUAGUGGCACUCCUCAGAACAAGAAAUUGCAAGACAUUCUUCCUCAAAUUAUCAACCAGUUGGGUCCGGAUAACUUGGAGAAUUUGAAAAAGUUAGCAGAACAAUUCCAGAAGCAGGCACCGGGUGCUGGUUCGGGUGCAGCAGAAGAUGAUGAUGACGAUGUACCAGAACUUGUAGCUGGUGAGACGUUUGAAGCUGCUGCGGAGGAGGGACAGACCCAGACCUCCUAAGGAUUUUAUGUUUUCCAGUUUUGAAUCGUUGCUUUAUAUUUUCCUUGUUUCCUUUGUCUAUGUCAACGAUUAAUAACUCCUCAACUUCUUUCACUUUGGUGAGUGGCUUUAUAUUUUGCAGUAGAAGUAAAUGAGACUCUUUGCAGAAGCCUUUCUAUUAAAUUUAUAUCAUUUCUUAUCGUCAAAAA